AUGCACCUUUCACUAACGGAAUCCUCUUCAUCGUACAUCAGACGGGCAUCUUUUUUCAAUUUCCCGAAUGAGAAGCACUUUCUGAUUAGGUAUAGUCAGCCUCUAGUGGAAGGUUUUUUGAAAUCACUGAAGAGAUUGUUGACAAACAAGCUCUACGUGGUCCUUGUCCUCGUUACUUGCUUUGCCCUGUUCGUGGUAAGCGGACUUGCAGCCUUCAAACCCAAGUAUCUGGAGCAUCAGUUCGGAAUUUCAGCUUCGAAGAGUAACAUGGUUCUUGGUCUUAGCGGUGCACUCCCGGCAUUCCUUGGCUCUGGAUUUUCAGGCAUCAUUAUGUCAAAGCUAAAACUUGGUGUAAUCAGCACAGCAAAGUUCUGUACACUUCUCUACGUCAUCACUGCCAUCAGCCAAUCUAUGCUUGUGGUCUUUGGAUGCCCUCAGCCAAAUACUGCUGGUUUCAGAGGAGUGGAGAGCUCAAGGCAAUUGUACUACAAUGGCGACAACAGCACAUCAUGUGCGGAUGUUUGCAAAUGCACAAAUGGACGCUUUUCUCCAGUUUGUGGUGAUGACGAUGUGAUGUAUUACUCUGCAUGCUAUGCUGGCUGCCAAAAGAGUAACAUUUCUGGCAAGGCAACAACAUUUUCGGAGUGCAGUUGCAUCCCUGAUGCUGGCAGUGCCGUGUCUGGUGUGUGUGAUACCACAUGUGGUAUGCUGAUACCCUAUGCUGUAUUCACAUUCUGUGGGGCAUUCGCUGGGGCAAUGUCUAUUGUACCUAAGAUCAUACUUUCCAUAAGGGUUGUUGAACCUCGGGACAAAGCCCUCAGUCUCGGUGUAACAAUGUUCAGCUUCAGCAUUUUCUCUUUCCCAUCUCCAGUCAUUAUAGGAGCCAUCUUUGAUAGUUUCUGCCUCAUCAAAGACAGCCUUGGCUGCGGGCGAGAUGUGUGUGUCCUGUACGACCGAGAUGGCCUCCGCUACGGGAUCAUGUCUAUCAUGGGCGUAAUGAGGACCCUCAUGAUUUUACCCAUCAUAUAUGUUUGGUAUGACCUGGUGAAACAAGCCAAGAGGCAAGAGGCAAAGAAAGAGAAUGAGGAGAGAAAGGGAGUCAUGCCAGUUAUCCAAGUCACUGGAGCUGAGCCGGAGACCCUGAAUGUGGGGUCCAAGGAUGACAUCAGUGCGGCAAUGCAGGGAAGCUGUAGAGAUCUCAGUAAUGUGGGCAUCUGAAAUGCGUUGUAUUUGCAAGAGCAAAUGUCAGGCCAAUACAUACAACCAACACGGUUACAGCGAGAGGCAAACUGAUGACCUUUCUCUAUUUUCAUUUAACUUGUUAUAAAAUUAUUUAAAUAUUUUAACCGCCCUUUUGUAUAAUAUCAUUAUUAGUACAUGCACAAUGUGCAAAUGAAUAUAUUCAAAGUUUUUAAAAAAGUGAUUCACAUGCAUGUACCAGUGAUAGGCCUAACUGAUGACGGAGUCAAGUAUAUGUUAAUGAAUGAUGUAUAAAGAUGUAUAAAUAUGAUGCCACAGCUUUGAUACUGAACAUUUAUAGAAUACUGUUAAUACGAAUUUAUAAAAUAAUAAAAUUCAAAAAUACAUGUACAUGUAUAUAAAAAAACACUUGUUUCAUGUUCCUUAGUUAUGAAAAGAUAUUGAAACAUAUUCGCAUCUGUAUUCAACUGUGCCCAAUAAAAAUGAAAAAAUGCUCAUUUGCUUUGAUAAAUGGAUUAUAAUCGGUUGCCCAUGCAAGCAACUCUGAGUAAAAAGGGAGGAAAAUGCCAACUGAUUCAUGUAUUGGUUAAUCGUAUCGAAACUGACUGAAAGGGAAAACAACAUCCACGAGCAUCAAAAAGGUAGGUAUAUUUUUAACAGCCAGGGCUCGGAAAAAAUCCCGACCUACUUGCAUACCUUUAGAUGUCAUUCGGGAAAUGAGAUCAGAUGUAUUCAGAUUAGGAUAAACCAUUUCUUCAUAAAGCACCAAUGCUAACGAUAUAUAGCUCAAGCUGUGGCUAACUUCCUUGCUAUGCCAUAACCGUAACAUCGUUAACUCUAAGUCUAACCUUUUUUCAUAUCCUUACUAGCUAGCUUACCAGUUACCAAAGAUUAGCCUCCAUUAAUUCUUGCAAUAACACACCUUAUCCUUGGCAACAAAACCUUUAUUCUGUUGGCUCUCUCUGAUGUCCUUGGCUGGGCAACUGGCCAUCGACUGGUUACUCUAAGCUUAUUCUAACAUUUU